ACUAAAUUAUAAAAUGAUACCCUGCCACGUCAGUAGAAUUGAAAAAGUGUCAACUUACUGCUACCACUGAAAACCACUGCUCUGGUACUAGAAAAAAAAGAUAAUCUGUAUUACUUUGUUUAUUGUUCAUCAGUUAUGUAUGGUUUUAUGUAGGUCUUUUUUUGCUUAUCUUUAAACAGCCUGUUCCAGUUUUCUGUGCAAUGCAUUACUCAUGUGCAUUGUUUGUGACAUUACUGGAUUCUUUCUUACUAAAGAAGGUAAUAAAGGUAUUUACAUGUUACUUAAGUUAGAGUGGUUUUCAUUUGAGUGUCAGAAGUAACCAGGCAAUUACUUAUGGUUUUGGUUUUUGUUUUACUACUGCUGAAGAUGGGCUGAGUAUUCUAAUUGGAACCAUCAGGAAAUUCGCAAAUCAGGUGGGAUGACUCACAAACAUGUAUAAUUACAUUGUACUGCACGGACAAGCAAGUGAUGGUUGUAUUUGAAGAUUACUUGUUCUUUCAAAAAUCUUCAAUUUUUACAAAACUAAUUACAUUUGCUUUUAGUUUAAUACUGACAGCUAUUGCAACAGUGUCUGUGGCAGCAACGGAUUUACAGUUUGAUCAAGUGGGAUACAAGUGGAUAAUGAUCCAUUGUGGACUUUCCGCUCUGUAUGUGCUUUAUGGAAAGGCAAGAAAGCAAAAUUCACCGAGUGACCAUGAUAAAAUGUUCUACAAUGCUGCUGGCAGUGUUGUUAUUUUACUGAUAAUCAGUGUAGUAACAGGUGAACUCUACAGAAUAAUUGAAUUUCCUUUCUUAUACUCAACACACUUUCAUCUGGGAUGUAUGGGAAGUGGCGUUUUUGGAGCAGCACUCGGGUUUUUCCAUACCUCUCUCCUAAGUACGGAACUUUCUUAUUCAGUGGGAGUCAUAAAUAGUGUUAAUAAGAUCGUCACAUCUUUCCUGUCACUCUUUCUCUUUGAUAUCACCCUUGACACGAGUAUGGCUGCAAGUAUAAUCGUGACUCUCGGCAGUGGAGUGCUCUAUUCGUACACAGUCACAGUUCAUAAAGAAGAUGAUCAGCGCAAUGCUCACCCAAUACGUGACAGCUAGCCGUCGUAUUCUUGAAAAAAAAAAGUUCCUUAAAAUAUUGACUACCACAUAACGCUUAAUUUAUUAUAGAGAAUCACUUGUAUUCUGAGGAAAAGAACAUUUUAACACACUCAAAAAGGAUAUAAAAAAUUUCAUA